AUGGAUAUCAAUACGGAAGAAUUUAUAUCUGCAGUACAACAUCGCACUGCUAUUUGGCAGAGCAAACAUCUGCAACAUUCAAAUAGGAAGUCUGCCAUCCUCACGAGCUUCGCGCCGCCUCCGAACGCUACGUGUGCUAUCCUUACAAGCCCUGCUCAGAACCCUGCGCCUGCCAUUCUCAUAAGUUCUGCGCCGGACGCUGCAACUGCUAUCCUUACGAGCUCUGCGCCCAACGCUGCAUCUGCCAUCUUCACGAGUCCUACUAUAGAUGCUGCGUCUGCCAUCCUCACGAGCUACACGAACGACGCUGCGUCCGCCGUCCUCACCAGCCCUGCUACAGAUGCUGCAUCUGCCACCCUCACAGGCUCCGUGCUCAACGCUGUGUCUGCCGUCCUCACGAGCCCUACUACAGAUGCUGCGUCUGCCAUCCUCACGAGCUCCGCGUCCGACGCUGCGUCUACCGUCCUCACAAGCCCUGCUACAGAUGCUGCGUCUGCCAUCUUCACGAGAUCCGUGCCGGACGCUACGUUUGCUGCAUGCUGGAACUCCACACCGCUAGUCACAAACAAAUUUCUCAGAAUCACCCGUCCAGCAAAGAAACAUUCUUAUUUAGGUUAUAUGUCAGACGAUGAGAUAGCUUUGCUAAAUUCCUUUGGCGAUGCAGGAAGCUCAGAUGAGUGGAAGCCGGAAAGAAACGGAAAGAAAAGGAAGCAAAUGACUAUUAACGUCGAAGAAGAGUUUAUUGGUAACAAUGCGACGAAACAGGUUCCUAAAAAUAAGAGGAAACAGGCUGCUCAAAAACGGUUAUCUGGUUAG